UCCACUAGACUCGGCGCGAGCAGCAAGCUUCCUCAGUUGUUCGGGUGGCAGGAAAGAAAAGCCAGCCUGGACCCAAGGCCUCCCCAACACUAGACCUCAGUUUCCCGAGCUGCGAAAUAGGAACAGUAAGGCUGACCUGCCGAGUGGUUGCGAAGAAGGGAAAGGGCCUUGUCUGUGGGAGAAGAGGGUGGUGGUGUCUCUGAAGCUGGGAUCGGAUUGAGGAAAGGAUCAAUGCUGCCGCCAGAGAGCCUGCAGGGACAGUGGGGUCAGCUCCGGGUUCUGGGUGUGUCCCUCACUCAGUGACGGCAGGCAGGGCCAGGGAACCCGUAGUCCACUCCUCUCUGUGUUCAGGUGGGGAAAGGGAGGCGGGGAGGGGAAGAGGCAAGGGGAGGCUCCCGACCCUGCCCCAGGCUCAGCGUGGGGAGAAAUGUUGAAAAGACAGACAAGCCAGCUUGGGGUGGUGGAGAGGCUCACCCCUGCUCCCCCGCCCCUGCCUCCUGGGCCCCUGAGGCAGGUGUUCUGCUGAGCCUUAGGAGUCAGAGAAGUGUCCUGGGAAGAUUUUCCUGCAGGGCAGGUGCUGUGUCCCCAUCUUAGAGUUGAAGUAACCGAGGCUUAGAGAGGUGACAGGACUUAUUCAAGGUCUCAGGACCAUGAAGUGGCAAAGCGGGGGUUUCAACGGUGGUAGGACUGGUUCCAAAAGCCAUACUCCAGCCACUGAGUCAGGGGAGUGGCUGGGGUUGUUGGCUCACUCGCCUAGAGCAUCCGUGGAGCUCCUACUGUAUGGUAUCUGCUCCUGGCCCCAGUGAGUGCUUACAAGCAGGUGUGGGAGAAGGAAGCUGAACAAGUAAUCAAGGGAAAAACCAAGGUCAUGGCAGAAGAAUACACCCAGAAUAGUUUCAGAAUCACUACAUCCAAACCACUACCAAUCAGAAUCUACCAGGUCAAGUUCAGGAUUUCUUUGGCUGUUAAAGUCAUCGCUAUGCAACAUUCAAAAGUACAUGAGUCUGGCUAAAAAAUAGUAAUUAAAUGGCUACUUCUGUCUUUGAUGGUUGAAGCACCUGCACAGUGCCAGCAGCUGUGUACCUGUGGCCUCAUAGCAACUUCCGUCUACUUUCCUUUCCUCUGAGGAAACAGAGGCUCAGGGAUGAAAAUGGAAAAAGAAAUUAUGGAACACUCACAUAUGAACAGUCAGAGAGCAGACUCUUAGAAGCAUUGUAUGGAUGUAAUCUUCAUCCAUCAUGCACUGAAGCUCUCUGUGAAUAAAAGUAACUCCCCAUGCACCUCCUGCCCUGGGAGCCACCUUCUACUGUCUGUCUCUAUGAACUUGACUACUCCAGGAGCUGCAUGUAGGCAUGCCCCGGACACUGAGCACCUCCGACAUGGUCACUCCAGGCAGCCUCGGCCCACCCCACCCUGAGCCCACGGAUGGUGAGCAGGCCGGGCAGCCCCUCCUGGAUGGAGCUCCAUCCUCAGCCUCCCUGGACACCCUGAUCGAGCAGCUGGUGCCCAAAGCUGACUACUACCCUGAGAAAGCCUACAUCUUUACCUUCCUGCUGAGCUCCCGCCUCUUCAUCGAGCCCCAGGAGCUCCUGGCCCGGGUCUGCCACUUGUGCAUCGAGCAGCAGCAGCUGGACAAGCCAGUGCUGGACAAGGCCCAGGUCCGGAAGUUUGGCCCCAAACUGCUCCAGUUGUUGGCCGAGUGGACAGAGACGUUCCCUCGGGACUUCCAGGAGGAGUCGACCAUCAGUCACCUGAAGGAUGUGGUGGGCCGCAUCGCCCCCUGUGACGAGGCAUACCGAAAGAGGAUGCAUCAGCUCCUGCAGGCUCUGCACCAGAAGCUGGCAGCUCUGGGCCAGGGGCCGGAAAGCCUGCUGGGCACUGACAAGCCCAUCUCCUACAGGAACAAGCCUCCAGCCUCUAUCCACAGGGAGCUCCUCAGCAUCUGCAGUGACCCCUACACACUGGCUCAGCAGCUGACCCACAUAGAGCUGGAACGGCUACAACACAUUGGACCUGAGGAAUUUGUCCAGGCUUUUGUGAACAAGGACCCUCUGGCCAGCACAAAGCCUUGUUUCAGUGACAAGACUAACAACCUGGAGGCUUACGUGAAAUGGUUCAACAGAUUGUGCUACCUUGUGGCUACUGAGAUCUGCAUGCUGUCCAAGAAGAAACAGAGGGCCCAGGUGAUUGAGUUCUUCAUCGACGUAGCCCGUGAGUGCUUCAACAUCGGCAACUUCAACUCCCUAAUGGCCAUCAUCUCUGGCAUGAACAUGAGCCCUGUCUCAAGACUGAAGAAGACCUGGGCCAAAGUGAAGACAGCCAAGUUUUUCAUCCUCGAGCACCAGAUGGACCCAACAGGGAAUUUCUGCAACUAUAGAACAGCCCUGCGCGGGGCAGCCCACCGCUCCCUGACCGCCCACAGCAGCCGAGAGAAGAUCGUCAUCCCCUUCUUCAGCCUGCUCAUCAAAGACAUCUACUUCCUAAACGAAGGCUGUGCCAACCGCCUCCCCAAUGGACACAUCAACUUUGAGAAAUUUCUGGAGCUGGCCAAGCAAGUAGGAGAGUUCAUCACAUGGAAACAAGUGGAGUGUCCCUUCGAGCAAGACCCCAGCAUCACCCACUACCUGCACACUGCUCCCAUCUUCAGCGAGGAUGGUCUUUAUUUGGCUUCUUAUGAAAGCGAGAGUCCAGAGAACCAAACAGAAAAAGAGAGGUGGAAAUCUCUAAGGUCUUCUAUUCUGGGGAAGACGUGAAAAGCACUGAGCUGGAGGAGGAGGAGAGGGGGGAGGAGGAGAGGAAGCCAGCAGAAGCCUUCUGCCGCCCUGCCCCAGCCAGCCCAGUGGAAGGAGGAGGCAUUGGUGCCUCGCUGCUUUGCAAACCGUGACCCUGUGGCCUGGUGCCCAUCACAGUGACCACACAGCACAGGAGACCUUUCUCCACCUUUUGUGGAGCCUCAGCCCUGGAAGGGCCCAGAGCCUCCAAACACAGGGGUGGCCCGUGCCUCAGGGGCCCUACCUUCAGGACAGUGAUGCUCACAUUGUUGGUCAGUCUGUCUGUCCUCGGCGAUGACCCAAGGUGUUGGGUGACUGCAGUGUUGCUCUCAGUGGGUGACUCGUGCCAUGGAGACAGACACCCGGUCCAUCUCCAGAUGGCCUGGGAGCCUCUGUAUCUCCAGCAAACAUCACCAUGACGUGAGAAGGGCCAGAGCCCACCAGUGGCCUCUGCCAUUCUACUGAUGGACCUGACCCUGCCCCUUGAGAUGGGCUGGUUUCUGCAGCCCCGUGCACCCCCUUUCUGCAUCCUGCUGGUAUCGGGAUAGCUUUCUGGUGACCACUAUAAUGCUGGUCAGCAGGACAAAUUUGAGUCACAGACUUGACAGUGUGUACAGUACAUUGUAAAUUUUAGAGUUGGUAUAAACACAUUGGUAUACCCUG